CAGACAUCCAGCGCCCUAACACUUCCAUCCGACUCUCUCUCUCUCUCUCUCUCUCUCUCCAAAGCAAUCCAAGAAAUGGCUUGGCUAACCCGAUUUCUGAGCGCGCUGGCCUUUCUGGCCAUCGGCAUCCUCUUUUCUCCCGAGACCUUUGGAUCAAAAUCCGACGGCGGACAUUCGUCCAGGCUCACCAUCUUUCUCAAGCUGUCCCACCUACUGAGCUUUGCGACGGCCUGGGGCGCUGCUCUCUGGGUAACAUUCAUCGGCGGAAUUAUAAUGUUCAAGAACCUUCCAAGGCAUCAAUUUGGGAAUUUACAGAGCAAGAUGUUCCCGGCGUAUUUCUUGACUGUCGGUGCCUGCGGCGCCAUCUCAGUGGCGACGUUCGGCUACCUCCAUCCUUGGAAGACGGCUUCAUCAUCGGAGAGGUAUCAGUUGGGUUUUCUUCUGUCAUCGUUCGCGUUCAAUCUCACAAACCUGUUUGUGUUUACUCCCAUGACGAUCGAGAUGAUGAAGCAGAGGCACAAGGUGGAGAGGGAAGAAAAUAUUGGAGAGGAGGUCGGAUGGACGAAGAACGCGGAAGUGGCAAAGGUUAACCCGAAGCUUGCAGCCAUGAACAAGAAAUUCGGCAUGAUUCACGGGUUGUCAUCGCUUGCCAAUAUCAUGUCGUUCGGCAGCCUUGCCAUGCAUUCAUGGUAUUUAGCAGGUAAAAUUCAACUGUAAGCAUGUAUGUUUUCUUAGCUGUAGGUUCAACUGGGUAGAUGAGAAUCUAAUUUCUCUCUUCCAUGGAUAUAUUCAUAUAGCUUUCUGGCCGGACUCGUGCCAAAAAUAAGGUCCUUUUUCGAUGUAACCUCAAAAUAGCAUUUACUCACUAUGUGAUGGCCGAUCUAUGGCAAAUGAUGGUGAUUUUA